GAAAAUGUGGACAUGUGGCUUACAUCUAGACUAGCAAACGUGUUGCCAAUUGACACGUCCUAGUCGGGCAGCAAUGCCGACUCAACGCCAGGUCAGAGUCGGAGAGCAAACAUGACGGCGGUGGACAAUUGAGGUAAAUAGUUGGUAGCUAUAAAGUGAUUCAUGAUGUAUGAGCGAAAAUGACGAUGGUCCUACAAUCGAGUCAGACGUAGUCAUUGAACCUCCGCUAAAAUUUACUUCACGGGCUUCAUACCGGCCCCAUCCGUGUCACCACCGCUUCUUUAUGAACAUCUCCAAAUAGCGCUCCGAAAUAAGAACUUCCUACUCCGAAAACAUCACCUUCGAACACUCACAUAACCAACAAGAUGUCGCGCUUCAUACCUUCAAUAAACGUAUUCCUCCUCCUAUCCAUCCUCCUCACCCUGCUCCCAUAUUCCCUCGCAUCACCAUCAUCGCCUCUCAUCACAAACACCACCACACCCCACGAAAAACGCCAAAUGUCCCAAGGAACCUCCUGCGCCGGCUCCGAAGGACAAUGGAACUGCCUCACAACGCAAUGGCAGCGCUGCGCAUCCGGACAAUGGAGCAGCGUCAUGGACUGCGCAGCGGGCACCAUGUGCACGCCGUCGGGACUAACCUACGACUUCGCCGUACAAUUCGCAAACGGUGCCGCGGGGAGUAAUCCACCGGCGACCAGCGGCGCUCAACUCGGCGUUCAGGUCACAUACUGGACGAUAUUUAUUGCACUUGGGGUCGCAGGUGCUAUUAGUUCGAUAGUCGCGUAAUCAUGGAUCCGGUAUACUAAGUUAAUAAUACUUAGAGGCAGUUUACAUGGCAACUAGGAAAGAACGAUCACCAUACUGAGACGGUGACCGGGCCGGGGCCGAAG